UUCAUGAUUUUUAAGUAUUAUAAGCAACCAUUAGGAUUUAAUGUAUCUCUGAAAGCUUUCUUUUUGCUAGUUUUUGCUUCUCGCUGAUGCUGUAAACUUUUCAUGCUAUCUAAAAUAUAUGCUGCUGAUUGAAAAGUUAUCUGGCGAAAUAUGAUUAUUUCCUUGAAGAAUCUGUCCAUUCCUCUUCAACCACCAAACCUUGAGUGUCUUUAUUAGUUUACCUACUACUGUGGGAUGGAAAGAUUAAGUCUGGAUAAUAUUAAGGGAUUCCUAGGCACUUAAUAGUCAUGAAAUGACGUAUCAUCCUCAUUUAGUAUGCAAAUAAAUGAAAUUGCUUAAUUUAGUGUAAUCGUAUCCCUUAAGUUCGAAAGAGUCUACCCACAACCUCUAUGUCAUUUCCAGAUAAUUAAAUUUCUCUAUGUUGCUAACCAAGCACUGAAGGACUGCUUUCGCUACAUUUGAAACGAUCAAUUUUAAUAACUGGGAUUAAAAAUUUUCGCUGAAGAAUUUUUCCGAAAUAUAACCUCCCCCUGAUUAAGCUCAUCGUCAGAAAAACUGUCGAUAUGUUGCCAAAGAUGAGCAUGGUCUCUAACUCUGUUAGAAAAUUCAACGAUUCACUUUUCACGUUGAAGGAGUACGGAAAUUUCGAAUUUAUUUCAUCUUUAUCUUCACCCGGAAUAACCAAGAAACAUUUGGGCCCUAUUUCCGAGCAUGCAGGAUUUUAUGCCCACUUCAAUAUAGUGAACAUACAAAAUUUAGAUAGUAUUCCAGGAAGAAAUUACAGCAGCUUGAUCCCUUCAGAGAGGCCUGGGAGAGACACUCAUCUAACUUAUUUUUCCGAAUCUUAAAAUUCCGUCACUAAGCUGGAAGAUGCAUGGUAAACCUUAGCAUGGUAAAAUGGUUCUGUUGCCCAGGAAAAUUAAGCCUAAUCUGGAAAUUAUUUUACACACCUUAUUUGUUCGAACUCUUCUGUCCAGAAGGAUCCCCUCGACGUGGUAGGGUAAGAGGUUGGAUAUUAUAUUCACAAAAAUUUAGGUUAAAUUCUUAUGCCUAAAAUUAUUAUUCUCAAAAGUCCAUCUACCUGACAUUCGCAUGGAAGAGAUUCAUGAGUCUGGUUAUGUUAUAGAAGAGAUCCAUUCGAGAUCUCGCCCAAGGUAGCUAAAGAUAUCUGAGUUCAUUGCUUUAAACACUCUUAAUUAUUAAGAAUUAAGUCUCCCAAUUUCUGGGACCUUGAUA